AUGCCUACUACCCACACUCCUUUAACUUGCACCAUGCUCCAACUCACCCUCGUUUUCAAUUUCUUCGUAUUUUCGCCAUUCGUGCUGGCGACACAUCUCCUGCCCCGAGCCCAGCAUACCGGCAUUCGGAUGACCAACUAUUACGCGGGCCUAGGCGCGUGUGGGGAGUGGAACAACGACCAGCAAUAUAUUGUCGCAAUUUCGCACCUCAACUACAACAACGGACAGUACUGCGGCAAGGAGAUCUCAAUAUCAUACCAGGGUAAAACAGCAAACGCAAAGAUUGUCGACGAGUGUAUGGGCUGCCCUGAAUGGGGUUUGGAUUUAUCACAGAGCUUAUUCGGCCACUUUGUGGGCGGUGUGCAGAAUGACCUUAAUGUCGGGGUGAUUAAUGCUGACUGGUCUUUUGUUGACGAUAACUCGGACGAGAACCAAAAAAGCACGGCGAAAGCCUCCUCGAUUGCCACACACAUGACCCCGAAACCAUCCAGCAAAACGAGCUCUAAAACGAGCUCCAAAGCAAGUUCGACCUUCCACAGUUCCUCUAAGGCUGCGUCAUCGAGCCAUAAAGCACUUGCAAUCCCGACUUCAAGCCACCCCAGUGCGAGUCCAGCAGUAGCCACUGCUGAGGCCGAGCAGCAGAAUUUGAAGGAUUUCAACGACGUGCUAGUUAAUCUGCUCAGUCUAGUGGCUCAGGCGGGCAAUGCGGUGUAA